CGGCGGGAGCGGGGCCGCGCCCCGCGCCAUGGCGGCCCAGCGGCGGCCGCGCUCGGGCCGCGCCGGCCAGGGCAUCAAGUUGUCAGCAGAGGUCAAACCAUUUGUUCCAAAGCAUGCGGCGGUAACUGUGGCAUGGUCAGAACCCUCAGAAGCAUGUGUCUUUCCUAGGUACUUAACUACAUGCUACCCAUUUGUUCAGGAACCAUCUUUGGAUAAUGUUGUGGGAGAUCCUGCCUUCCGUGAAUACUCCAGCUGCUCUUACUCACCUGAUGUUCUUGCAAAUGUGUAUCCAGUAGCUGGCUCACAGUAUCAAUCUAACAACUCAACACUCUAUAAUGGUUCAGGAGUAGUCAGUGAAUCUGCUGAGCAAACAUAUCCAGUCAGACAAGAAAGUAGGAGUCUUUCAAAGCAGAGGAGAUCAAAAGAAGGUGAGAAAAAACUCGACAAAAAAAGGCAUGAUGGAGGUGAAGCUUCUGUCAGAGUUGUGAACAGGACUUCAUUCCAGACUUCUACAUGCAGCAGAGAUUCUGUGAAGCCAGACAGGUUCAAUAAAGCUACAAACAAGAAGUCAACUGCAAUUCCAAAACCAGAGUCUCAUCCUGUACCCACAUUUGAGGCUGGCAUUCUGGAUUUCCACAAGUCACAGAGUUUGGGAAGCAGUGAGGUACUGAAUGUACACCAUAAAAAUACACCAGAAGAUACUUCUGCAAAAAGCAAAGCUUCACCAAAAGCUUCAGAUGAAGCAGGAGCCAAUUCAAUUCCCUCUUCACUUGAUGGUAGGGCGUCAUUUCCUGAAGCUCCUGCAGAUGGCUCUGCUCAACCACAUGUGUCUUGGGCAUGUGUACUUUCGCAGUCCCCAAAGAAAAUUGUUUCAUCACCAGCAUCUGAAGGUCUUUCCAGAGGCAAAGGGAAGCAGGAGAGUGAACCAAAAGUACUUGAGAAUUCUCUGCUCUCAACUAAUGCCUCUCCCUGUCAAUCAGAAACAAAAAAUAUUGCAAGUGAAACUGAGCCUGAAGAAGGGUCAGAAAAAAAGAAAAAAAAGAAGAAAAAGAAGAAAAAACUGAAGUCGCCCACUGAUGUAGAAAGACCUCAAAGUGAAUCUAACACAAUACAGGAACCACCGAAGAUUGAGGAUGUUGAGGAGUUUCCUCAUCUGGCAGCUGCUUCUGAUAAGAGAAACAGGGUAGGACCUCAGAAACCAGCCUUUACUUCUGCAGUCAGAAAGCAGUCUGAAAGCCAUCUCUCUGAAGAGCCUUGUGAUAGUCGGUCUCCCUCUCUGGAUGAAACUCCCAAGGUGGAUGGACAGUCAGGGAAACAAGCUUCAUCUUCUGUAUUGGAAAGAAAGAAAACUCAGGAAACAUCCAGGAGCAGUGGUAAGAAGAGUCAAAUUCCAGUGCAGUUGGAUUUGGGUGGCAUGCUUGCAGUCUUGGAGCAGAAGCAGCAAACAGAGAAGUCAAAACAGUCUCCUAAACCUGUGGUAUUUUCAGUUGGUGGUGCUGUUCCGCUGCUAUCUAAAGACCCUGCUACUGCCACGAGAAGUCACCGUUUAAACCAAGGAAAGAUGCCUCACAAUCCCUUGGAUUCCAGCGCUCCUUUGGUAAAGAAAGGGAAACAGAGAGAAGUACCUAAAGCAAAGAGACCAACACCUCUCAAAAAGAUUAUUCUGAAAGAAAGAGAACAAAGAAAACAGCAGCACCUGUUAGAACAGAAAGCAGCACCGAAAGAUGAAGAUAACAUUUGUCAGACAGAAGGAAAUGUUACUGAGAAUGCAACACUUCUACAGGAUAGUCAAGCAGCUGUUCCAGUAACACAAGUUGCUGAAGGGUUUCCAGAGCACACGGGGAACAAGGAAUCUAAAGAAGGUUCUGUGACUACAAAGCAGCUAACUGCCACUCUUCCAAAAAUCCACAGCAGGAAUUUUAGAGAUUACUGCAGCCAGGUACUUAGUAAAGAAGUUGACAGUUGUGUGACAGAUCUCUUAAAAGAACUGGUUCGUUUCCAAGAUCGUUUGUAUCAGAAAGACCCAGUAAAAGCCAAGAUAAAACGCAGGCUUGUUAUGGGUCUUAGAGAAGUUCUGAAACAUCUGAAGCUGAAAAAACUGAAGUGUGUCAUCAUAUCUCCUAACUGUGAAAAGAUUCAGUCAAAGGGUGGGCUGGACGAGACCCUACACAACAUCAUCGACUGUGCCUGUGAGCAGAACAUCCCGUUCGUUUUUGCCCUCAAUCGCAAGGCCCUGGGCCGCUGCGUGAACAAAGCCGUGCCUGUGAGCGUGGUGGGGAUUUUCAGUUAUGAUGGGGCUCAGGACCAUUUUCAUAGAAUGGUACAGCUGACAACAGAGGCAAGGAAGGCCUACAAAGAUAUGAUAGCAGCUUUAGAGGAAGAAGCUAAAGCAGGACAACGAGAAACCCAACCCAGCAUCUUAACUCCUGAAACUGAAAAAAAUGGCUUGUUAGAAACUUGUAAAACAUCUUCCAAGGACUCAGAUGAGGAUGUACCAAAUUACAUUAAAGUCUGGAAGAGAAAACUUGAAGAAGAAUAUAACCCAUAUGCACUGGAAUUGGAAAAGAGUGCAACUGCUGACAUGGCAAUACUGAAUUUGGAAGACCAAGAGUAAAUCCAGAUCCAGCUCUAUUGGGCUUUUAAUUUUUUUCUGUUAUAUCCUUAGGAAGAAGGUAGCAAAAAUAACAUAAUCUAAACAAAUACCUGAAGUUAGCUAAGCAAACUGUUUUGAAUCCCUUUAAACAAAAAACACACUGGAACACAUGAGGCACUGGUAAGUGUCUCUGUAUUUUAUGUAUUUCUCUGAUUACUAUAGCAGAUGACAACACCAAAUUGUUGUAGCCCCAAACCACUUGAACUGGCUUGGCAUACUUUAAUGAUUUUAUGGACUAGCAUUGAUUUCUUGGGGUAGAAUGUAUCAAAAGAAUCUGAUAGAGAAAAAUAAUUUUCUUCUGGAAGAGAUUCCUUGAGCCAGAAGGUGCUAAAGGAGAGUUGCCCUUAAGUUUUAAUUCCUGUAUAAAAAACUUGAGCUGUUGUUUGAUUGUGGGUUUGUUCUUAAUUUUUCUUCUACAUAAGCCUGCUCAGAAGGGCAGGCUGCUAUGUCACUUUAUUAUAGUCAGCAACAAAUUAAUUUGAGGCAGGUAGCUUGAUUUAAACUAAUUAAGGAAGGCCAUGAUGGCAAAGUUCCUAGUUAGCUCUUCUGUGUUGUUCAUUGGGGAUCAUACAUCAGAUAUGAAGGAGAUAGCACAGACUACAGGGGUCUGAAAUUCCUGAAGUGAAUGUGCUCUGUUUAGACUUUUUAUAAAUUUGAUGUUUCUGUUGCUACUGAGAGUAGUUUAUCAUACAUCCUGCUUUGAAGUUAAAGGAUAUUGCAGGACAGAAAAUGUGCUAGCCUGCUUAUCUGUACCACCUCCUUACUGAGACUCCUCAUUCCUUCCUUCCAUUUGGGGUUGUGUUGGUAUAUAAAUCUAUGAGUUUUUCAGCAAUCCCAGUUUGUAUCUAAAUAGAAAAAAAAAAUUAUAUCUUACAAGAAAUGAAGUUUGUAUUCUAGUGGAAAUAAAAUUUUAAAACCAAAAUGUGCUUAUGGUAGUGGUGGAACACCUUAGUAGGAAUGAUCUGUAUACACUGUUUUUUGAGGACAAGCCUAAAGAAAGUAACUGGAGGGAUGCACAUACAACUUGUGUCAGCUUUUCUGAAAGGUGGUACAGAUGCCACAUGCUGCUCAGCAUCUCUGAGGUGUUUCUGAAAGUGCUUCACCAUACUCAACAUUUGUAGUGCAAUACUUUGGAAAGUAGCUGCCUUGUGAUGAUAGAAGUGGUAUAAAAAAAUUCAAAUAAUUUUGAAAUGCAAACAGUUUUUUGUAGACUAUAAAUUGUAUAAAAUCUGUUACAAUAUACUGAUUCUAUAAAGAAUGCUUAUGACUUAA